AUUGAACAGUAUACUUGCAGUAUUUUACUCUCUGUAACCCGCGUAUGAAUACUGAAUGCAGAAGACCUGGAAAUGGAAACUUCUUUAAGAGCUGACGGAACUGUACAGUUAAAGCGACAGGUCCCCAACAAGUCUCUACUACUGGCUGUUUGUGCAGCAUGCAUUGGAGGCACGUUUCAGUACGGUUAUAAUGUAUCAAUCAUCAAUGCUCCCACCCAGACUGUACAGAAUUUCAUCAACCAAACCUGGAUCUAUCGAUACGAUGUUAAGAUCACGGAUGAACUGCUGACCUUGCUGUGGUCCACAAUAGUGUCUAUCUUCACCAUAGGCGGGCUUGUUGGAUCAUUAGUCGGAGGAACUCUGGCUAUGAAGUUUGGGAGAAAAGGGGCACUGUUGUUAAACAACACCUUCGCUUUGCUGGCAGCACUGCUGAUGGGCAUAAGCCACCCAACUGGCUAUUUUGAACUUCUGGUCAUUGGAAGGUUUUUGUCAGGUGUAAAUGCAGGUGUGGGUCUGUGUGUUCAACCACUUUACCUGGGGGAGAUCGCCCCCAGGGCGCUCCGGGGGGGAAUGUCCAUGGGAACGUCCAUCUUCCUCACCGGAGGACUCCUGACCGGACAGGUGGUUGGACUCCAUGAGCUGCUAGGCAAAGCGGAGCACUGGCCCAUCCUGCUGUCCACCACCUGUGUCCCCGCAGUCCUGCAGCUGCUCAUCCUGCCCUGGUUCCCUGAGAGCCCGCGCUACCUGCUCCUGGACAAGGGCGACGACACCGCCUGCACAAAAGCCCUGAAGCAGCUCCACGGUGGAGACGACUAUCACAGGGAGAUGGAGGACAUGGAGAAGGAGAGGAUCACCUCUCAGGGCAUUCAGGCCAAGAAGCCCUGGGAGCUCCUGGGUGACCGCAGUGUCCGCUGGCAGCUUGUGACUGUGGUCCUCAUCAACGCCGCCCAGCAGCUGAACGGCAUCAAUGCCAUUUACUUCUAUGCCAGCUACAUUUUUAGGCAAGCGGGGAUUCCUGAAGAUAAGAUCCUCUAUGCUACAGUGGGAACUGGAGCUUGUGAGUGUCUUACAGCCCUCACAUGUGGCAUGCUAAUUGAUUCUCUCGGCCGAAGGGUGCUGAUCAUCGGGGGAUAUACACUCAUGGCUGUCUGGUGCAUUUGCAUCACUAUAACCGUCACCUUACAAGACCUAAGUCCAUGGGUUCCAUAUAUUAGCAUGGCCUGUGUACUUGCCUUCAUUCUGAGCUUUGGCUUGGGACCAGGUGGAGUGACCAACAUUCUUACCAUAGAGCUGUUCACACAAACCGCGCGGCCAGCGGCCUACGUAAUCGGAGGAUCCGUCAACUGGCUGAGCUUCUUCUUCAUAGGCAUGGUGUUUCCAUUCAUUGUGAAUGGGCUACAGCAAUACUGCUUCCUGGUGUUUCUGGUCAUCUGUGUCCUAGUGGUCAUAUACAUAUUCUGCAUCGUCCCAGAGACAAAGAACAAAACCUUCCUGGAAAUCCAAGAGGAGUUCCUGUCCAGGGACAGGAGCAGAACACAGAAAUCAGAGGGCAGCAAUGGCCUUGGACAGAACUCGCUGUCAACACACAUCUGAACGGCUUGCUUAAGUCUCUUCCUUUAUGUUCACUUUAUUUGGCACAUGCCAUCUUACCGCACAGAACAAGGUUGUAGCUGCAUCAUCAUAGCAGGCAGGCGUGUUGCCAAGGAUUCUGAGGCCCAUGAACAGGUCUCCCAUUGGGCCCCUGCCACCACUGGCCACCCCAUCCCUGCACAAUCAAAGCACAAUAUUUUGAGGGCCCCUGUCAGUCAGUAUAAAUAUAAGUCAAUAAUCCUAACCCCCAACCCCCUCCCAUAUAACACCCCUGAUAAUGAGAAUCUAGAACAAGAAAACUGAAAAUCUCUUCAAGGAGCACCUCACACACAGAUUUAGCCACUGCACCUGGCAUAGUCCAUCCUAACCGAUACCCUUGUCUGAUCACUUGGCUCACUAUGCACCUAUACUUGGAUGUGUUACUGUAUGAUGCACACAUGUUGCUUGAUUUCUGUUUAGCUGGAUGUGUACUUUGUCUUUUUCUUUGUCCUAAGGGCAUAUGUUGUGCAUUCUACUCUGUAUUGCCAAUGCACUAAUUGUUUAUCUGGCACUUUGACUGUGCCAGUGUUGAAUGUUCACUGCUGAUAGUGUGCUACUUUAUAAGUUGCUCUGAAUAAGAGCCUCUGUUAAAUAUCAAAUUGCAAAUUCGAAUUGUAAAUUGGGGUUGGACAGGUUAAUUGGAAUCAACGUGAUAACAUGAAGGGGAACCUUCACACAAGUAAUAUUUAUUAGACAGUAAUAUAACACCUUUUAAAAAAUGUUAGAUAUUGUUUUGGUCAAUUAUAAAGUGUAAUCAUACGGAUGUACCAUUAAGUUAUGAAAGUAUCACAUUUUCAACAAUGAUUUUGAGAGGUGAUUGUACUAUUUGUGUGGUUUGAUCAAUCAUUUCAGAAUUUGUAUCACUAGAUUAAUGUAAAAUCAUCAAAAGCUAAAAACUAAAUUGUAACCAUCUGGUUACAUUAAAACUUGAUAGGUUUGUAUGAAAAAAAGGUGGUAGACCAAUGGUAUAAUUUUGUAAGCCAUCACCAGGUCAUUAUCACCCAUCUCUUGCCUUACCAUGUCCAUUGCCUUAUCCAGCUCAGACAUAUUCUGCAAUAUGUAGUUAAAAGUUUCUCAAAGGAUGAUAGUCCUUGGGGUUGAAAAAAAAGAAGAAAAAAAAGGAAUAGGAUUCUUCUUCAUUGCAUCCAAGCCAUGACUCAAGCAUGUGAUCUAAGAGCAAAUACAGAACAAAGAACCUAUUCAUGGUAAGAAGGAAGAGUGUG